GCGUCCCUUUCAGAGGCAGAAGAAGCAUUGCGAUCAACGAAGCAAAAAUCUAAUUUUCAGCGCUUGACACGGCUUCUGAUGUGCGGUGGUGCAGUGCUUUUAAGAGAGGUAUUCGACUCCAUUCACAGCCACGCCAACCUUCCCACAACGCUUAGUGACCCUUCAGUAGAAAGACAGCUGAGGGAAGCUAGACUUACCAGACCAGAGUGGAAUUGUUUGUACCCUUCCCCAGGGGUAUACGGAAAGUCGAGCGAUUUUGAUAUCAGUUUAAUCUGCAAGCUGCUGAGAACAAUAUGCAGCUUGACCUCUCCCCCGACAGGAUGGUACAGCCUACCAAACGACUUCGACCACAGUCUUGGAGCAGACCUGUUACGAAUAAAAUAUUAUCGCAAUGAAGUUUAUGCCCACAGCAACAAUUUGGAAAUUCCUGAUGAAGAUUUUCUCGACCGCUGGGGGAAAAUUAGUGAAGCACUUUUGAGGAUUGCAGCACACCUUUGCCCCGAAAAACAAAACAACUGGAAAGAUGCUAUGGAGAAAUUCCUUCGUGACCCUUUAACGCCAGAGGAAGAAAGAUACGCCGAAGAACUAGAGCUGUGGUACCAAAAAGACAUCGACAACACAAAAGUGUUACGAGAACUUCAGGGGCACCCAACGAUAAUUUUCGGAAAAUUAUCUGUUCGGAAGACGAUUUGAGACCUAGAAUUUUCGGAUCAUUUUCUGUAAAAUUUCUUGCUUGCCUGCCUCUCCUUGGAUUUUCGAACAUCAAAAAAAUGGUAUAAUUGCCCAUUUUAAACAGAUUUUUACCCUAAAAAGGUCACCUAGAAUUUUCGGGAGCCUUUUUUCUGGCUGAAAUUUUCGAAAAGGUAAAUAUUGAUCCCUAUAAUUUUCGGAUCACUAUACUUUCAGCUAGGAAAUCCGAACAGAUGAAAAAUUUUUAGGGGAUAAAAAUAAGCAUUUAUCUAUCGUUUAAAUACUAAAUUACGUUCAACAAUGCUAUGUUUAGGUGGUUUUGAACUAUAUCCUCGUUGGGUGCCCCUGGAACUUGUUCAGGAAGUCAAAGAACUACGGAAGGACACAAGAGAUCAGCAAGACGGUCAGUUUAAGAUUCAACGCUUAAGUAAUUAAUCUUUACUCGUUGGCUACGGGUCGGGUCAUUUCGGGUCAGUAUGGAACGAUUAAUAUUAUGCUUUUCUCAAGUGACUUUGCUUUCAUAUAAGUGAUUUAGUUGGCAAUUUUAAAACGAAACGGUAUAGAUCUUUGCAUUGAUCAGAUACCUCAUCUUGGAAAGUCUAACCGAUCCUGUCAGAGUUGUAGACAAAAGCUUACUAACAUCAGUUUUGGGAAAAUUCCACUGCCAUUUUCGCUAUUCACCUAAAACCCUUUUCACAGGGUCUAGAAGGGCAUUUUCAGGAUCGGGGAUUUGACUAACGUACGGUGCGGGAUUGGUGACAGUGCAAAAUAUCUUAACGGGAUUUGACUGCUACAUCAAAAUGUGGGCACGGGAUGCGGGAUUUAUUGCCUGUCUGUCGGGAAGUCGCACUAGCGGCAAAUGCGAAUCAAACGGGCGAACAUUCAGUGGUGUCUCCCAUGAAAGUAAACAACAAAACUUGAGAGAGAAAAGAGGGAAAAGGAAAGAUCGAGAGCAAUAAAAAAGGAAUGCAGUCUAAAUCUUUGCGGUAAAUUGUUACACUAGCACUACUAGGACCCUUUGACUGGGCGACUUGUAGCAAAACAUAAGUUCAAGCAAGAGCCAUAAUGGGAAAUGAAGUUGAGUGCAUGUUACAUGAAUUUCUUUAUGGCUGCCAUGAAUGUUUGCGCAUAAGUAUCUUAUGUUCAAAGUGAACUGUACUCAUUGAAGAUUAAUCAAUGGCUCUAUCGAUUUCCCAACAGCAAUGCUUCGGGUUGGGAUGGCCAUCGAAAGCUUCCUUCAGUAUGGAGUGGUGGUCACCCCUGGUGAAAUGCAAAGAAACCAACAGGAAAUUCCAGCAGAGGUAGACUUAUGGAACGUUAUCGUAGCUUUCGAACAUCCUUUCAGAUUACUUUUUGGAUAUCUAGGAAAUACUUUGAAUGUCUUCAUUGAAGACAUUGAACUGGGAAGUCUAUUGAUAACUGUGAAAUGUAGCUCACUGCAGAUCCUUGAAGGAUUGUGGGAAGAUUACGUCAGCGGUCACCUUAAUCAAGUGGUUCAAGAAACGCUGGUGACACACGAGGUCUUAGAAAUCCUUGGUAUUGAUGACGUGAAGCUGAAAGUGUUCAUUUCUGAGGAGGAGUAUCGACACGGAAAACGGAUCCUCACGGCCGAGAAUUCAGGUUUGCACCAUCCUCGGAGACCCAGGGGCAGAUAUUGGAGGCGAGGAAAAGUCUAA